AUGUCCUCGGUUGUGGUGUCCGGAGUGAGUGAGCUGAGCCUGGGAGAGCUGCCCAUGGAGAGCUGGAUGACUCACCUGCCCUGCGCCCUGUUGGACAUCCCCCUCUACCACCUGGCCAUCCCAGGCAGCCAUAAUGCCAUAACCUACUGUCUGGAUAUGAAUGACAGAUCCCCCGUUGACCUCACCCAGCCAGACAUGCUUCAAAAGCUGGACAAGUACAUGAAGCCUCUUAUUCGCCCCUUUGUAUACAAAUGGGCGAAAACCCAGGAGUUCAGUAUAAAGCAGCAGCUGGACUGUGGUGUCAGAUACUGUGACCUGAGGAUAGCACACAGACCUAACGACAGCUCCACCGAUCUGUACUUCUACCACGGUGUUUACACCACGCUCACUGUGGAGACUGUUCUUAUUGAGAUAAGAGAGUGGCUGGACGCUCAUCCUAGAGAGGUGGUCAUACUCUCCUUCAGCCACUUCCUCGGCCUGAGCCAGGAGCUCCACAUGAGGCUGCUCAGAACCAUACGCAACAUAUUCACCUCCAAACUCUGUCCCAAAAUGGAAGUGUUAAGUCUUCGAAACCUGUGGGAUUUGGGCUACCAAGUGAUCGUGUCCUAUGAACACACCAUUGCCAGCUGUCACAGUGACCUUUGGCCACAUAUUCCUUACUGGUGGGCCAAUAAAUGCAAAGCUGAGGCUCUCAUUGAGGAGUUUGAACACAGGAAACAACGUGGCAGACCGGGAGGUUUCUUCGUCACGGGAAUUAAUCUGACAGAGGACCUGAAGUACAUCUGCACACAUCCCACAGAGUCCCUAAAAGACCUGGUGAUGUCCACCUACCCGACGCUGCUCGGCUGGGUGAAAGAGCAGACUCCCGGCUCCAAAGUCGACUCUCUCAACAUCAUCGCUGGGGAUUUUAUCACAGAGAGCCAGUUUGUACCAGCUGUCGUUUCACUGAAUGAGAAACUACUGAAAUGGUCUUCAUGA